AUGAAAGGAAUUAUGCAUCAACGGGAGACGGUAUCAGCCAUACAGCCUUUAUGGAGCCAAAUGCAGAUAAAGUUCCAAUUGGGGGCAGUCUACAAGUUGCUAGCAGAUGAUGGGCAACGUAUUCCGUGGAUAAACCUUAUUCAUCAUAACAUUGCGAGGCCUCGGGCGAUUUUCACUCUUUGGCAGGCAUGCCACAAAAAACUGGCAACACGGGACAGACUAAGACAAUUCGGUUUGUUGGCUUAUAGUGAGUGUAGUUUCUAUCCUUAUGAGGAAACUCAUGAACACCUCUUCUUUGAAUGUGAGGAAACUAAGAAGAUUUGGAAAGUUUUUUUGCUUUGGAUCCAAAUAGAUCAUGCACCCUGCUCUUGGAGCGUUGAAAUGUCAUGGCUGGUGAACAAAACGAAAGGUAAAGGAAAACUUGUUGCACUUAUUCGCCUGGCUAUAGCUGAAACUGUGUACAGUGUAUGGCGACACAUGAAUGAUACCUGUUUUGGCACUAGACAACAUAGAGAUACUAUAAUUAAAAGUAUCAUAGACACAAUCACAUAUAGGGGGUGGUAUAGUAAGGUGCUUAGAGCACACAUAGCUUUAUUGAUGUUAUAA